CCUAGGUACCUAUACUAAGUAAUGCAUACACAUAUGUACUAAGAUUUAUGCUAGUAGUACAUUAGAUGCCAUAUAGGCGAAUCCCCUGUGGGCCAGCACUACUAUCGUUCUAACGACUUCAAAGUCAAAACACUCCCAAUCCCCUUCGUUUUGAAUACGUUUACUCAUUGUUAAUUUAUUUUAAUACUGUCUUAAUAAUAUUGUUUGAAAAAAUUUCGCAAUGGUUUCCAAACCCUCUAAACAUGGCUGGAAAAUAGAGCUCGUUCCUUGGGAUUUUUCGAGCCCCGAACACGUACAAAGGCUCUACGAGCAGCGCAUCGCCUGUGGAUGGAGGGCCGAGGAAGUACCCUCGUGGAUAGAGGAGGCAAAGAAAGGUGGAAAGAUAUUCUACUGGGCUCUCUUUUCGGAUGCUCUUCCGGAGCGGGAGAAGCUCAUUGAGACGCAUAUCGAAACCUAUCCUAAGGAAUCGACUCCAUUGAGGGACACGGCAGCAGAAGUUCGGCUCGUUCCGCGGCAACCAACCCAUGUGGAGUUCAUCCCCAUUGGUCAUGUAGCCGUCGACAUUCACGAACCCGAGGAAGACGUCAAAUUGGGCCUCCCAGCUACUGGAACAGUCUGGAUCCAUCAACUGUAUAUAUCGCGUGCACUGCAUGGUGGUGGUUACGGCGCUGGAACCAUGUCAAAAAUCGAGAUGCUUGCCGCGCAGGAACCCAUGAAUGCGAAAAGAGUGGCCUUGGACACCUUAACCAAAGAAUUACAAACUGACCCUAAGACACGGGAUAUCUUAUAUGGAGAGGGUGGAAAUCCCGCACCACUAGUAUCCAACGAAAUUUGGUACGUUGGCCAAGGUUAUGAGGUGUUCAACCGAGCAGAAGGGGCGUAUGAAUGGAGUCCUAAACCAGGGAUCACCAUGCCUAUGAACGUUGUGUAUAUGCGAAAGCCGUUGGUUUGAGAAAAUGGUCUGGUGUUCCGCCUCACAACGGAUCGAUUGGAUUCGGGCGGGGGUUCAUUAGAAUGAAGCGAUUCCGGAAUGCGUGCUAUUUUGAACUCCGUACUCGCAUCGCAUCUACAUGAAGGAGGAGCAACGGGAGUGGAGAGGACGGAAUGACGAAGGAUCAAUAGGAGGUCC